AUGGGCCAAGAAGUGGAUGCGGUUUUAGUUUUGAGGACAGCCCCGCACACAAUUCCGCGACUACUUCAAACAGAUGGGCCACCUUCGGAUUUAGCUCUUACGGAAAAGCUCAAAUAUACACUUCAGUGGUACCAGUGCUGGUCUAUUAUGGACAGAGCAGUGAAAUCACACAUUGUUGCCACGGGAGAAGAUUCCGGGAUUACGCCUGACACGGUGGAAAGACACACAGAAGAAGGACAUGGAACGACGAAAAAAAAUCAAAUCGCUGUCAGUAACAGGUCAGAAGGGAGGCAUUCUGGGGAGGAGAAUUGUCACGUGAACAAAGAGGCUAUUCAUGAUCCGGAGAGGGACUCUGGAAUACACGAACAUAACAGAGAGGCGGAGACAGCACACGAAAACAAGAGGGAAGGACUCCCUGUUUGUGGAGAUGUACACAUAUCACUAGUCCCUACAGAAACAGUACGGGAUUCCGGCAUUGGAGAUGAUGUCACGAAAGAGAACCAAGGCACUACUAGAAGUAACGAAGAGGACGAAAACCAAAUAUCGCAUCCACGCAAGCACGUAGUUAAUGACCAAUCGCGAGAUUCGGGGAUACAACAUCUCAGAAACAUAUCAGAAGAACAUAUAAGAAGCAGUGGAAAAGAAAAGGACACCAGUAAACAAGAAUUAGAAUUCCCAAUAUGUGGGAGCAAAAAUUACGGGGACCCACACGACAAAAAUAGAGACUACGUGAAAGAUGUACACGCACAAAGAGCAGUAGUCAUCGACCAGACUGCUACUUCGGUAAAUCGCGAUAGCGGCUAUUUCGGGAAAAGCUCGGCAUCUCACAAAGGAAAAAAGUUAGGUCGACGAAGCUGCUCAAUUCGAUUGAAGCAUGACGCUCGUCCCACGAGAAGACGCCGCGGCAAGAGAUCUUCUAGCACUGCGAAGAGCUGUGCUGACAGUAUUGAAUAUGACAGUAAACAAAACAGCCCCAAACACAGCGACGGUGAAUACGAGGACGUAUUUGAAGAAGAGAGUCAAAAACUACACGAACCUAUCGGUGCAACAUCUUCGCUGUCAAGUCUUUGCCAAGCUGACUUUCCGCUAUACUUGAUGAAACUAUACGAAGACCGGAUUAUCGAAAAAGAAGACAUGUCUCGUAUAAGGUCCGUGAACGAGCUCAGUAUGAAAGUGUCCAUCCUCGCAGAGAUGUUUGAACAAAAAGGAAUAAUCUGCACAACACACAACGCAACUUUAAAAGAAUUCAAAUCAUUAUCAAUGCGACCAUUAAUUGACCCUCUUCGUCGAAAUUUAACUAAACUCAUUGACGAUCUGGAGGCAAAAUAUAUUACUGACCGGUUAAUCGCCGCAGGAGUCAUUUCCGGUAGCGCUUAUGACAGUGUUAUGUCGAGACGAACGCGACGUGAGCAGGCCGAAGAACUUCUUAUCUACCAACUGCCACCAACACAAAAAGCCUACGUGAUAUUCAAAGACUCGUUGAAGGAAAAUUAUUACCAUUUGUGGGAACUCUUGGACGAGUGUGAAAAGAAAGGUGUCCCCAAACAAGACUUAAUAUGUCAAACUACGGCGGGGCCGGAUGCCAAAGACCCAACUACGAAAACGUACGAACUUUCAGUUAAUUUAGAUUUACGAGGCAAACUUGACGAGAAAACCAAAUCAACAAUAGAACACUUUCUUGCUCACAAACUUCGUGAAAUCACCAAAUCAUUUGAUGUCCUGGGCGAACAUUCAGCCGCAGUCGUAGACGUUCACUUUGCGUGUAUAUUAUUGCACUUACAAGUGUCUGGUGAGCAUGGAGUGAAAACAUUACUUCGUGAUAGUAGGAAUGGGAAAUUGGAGGAAUUAUUCACCAAACUACUAAUUACAGACGAUGUGAAGGAAAUGGCCGGCGACAACGACAUCAUUGUCAAAGUGACGAUUACAGACUCUGAAUUUCAGCGAAUUUCCAGUGAAUUGGGCGAAGACAGUGAAGAGCUCGACGGUGGGCCGGACUCGAAUGAUACUGUUGGCAAACCACAGAAGUUUCGUGAACGGCAUAAUACAUUUAAAGAUUUUCCAGCCGUAGACUGUUUUGAAAUAGUCAACAUUUCCCACAACUCCAUCAGUGUUCGUUUUUCGACGUCUUUGGUCGACCAUACUGCGUUUCGUGUUACGUGCAUACGAUGUGACAACAACCGUUCUGGAAUAACCGAAUUCGUGAAACCAAAUAUGAAUUCAUGGACAUUCAGUGGAUUACACGCGGGAACACAUCGACUGUCCGUAUCGCUUUUGUGCGGUGACCGUGAAAACGCUAUUUCGGGUCCUCUAUCAACUAAACUAGCUAAGAUUCAUUCCAGAUCACGCACGAUGCUGACCCGAUUCCGGUCACUGAAAUCACGGGUUCGCCAGAAGUCGUCCCAUAAGCCAUUGCCAAACAUUGCCAGAUCAGACGACCUGCCAGAUAGUGGUGUAUAUACAGAUGAGAAUAACGAAGCGAUCGGCGACAGUAAUGUGAAUAUAAGUGAUUCCAAAUUGCGCGUGGAAAAUAAAACGGACGAAAUGUCAGCAAACGCAAAGAUUAACACCGCAGCCACUACUCUGCUCCCCAAGCCACGCCUUUCGAGAUCGUGUAGCCGCAGUAAGUCGUUCCGUCAACCACGAAAACGUUCUAACGCAGUGAGUGGGAAAAGACCCGUGAUAGCGAGAAGAGCUCCAAACGACGGAGUCACAACCGUUGUAUCAAAUUCAAAACCUGUUAGCAAUAUUGUAGAAGAUGACUCGCUGUGCUCCAAAAAUGAUUCGAAGAUAACAGCUGGUGCCGGUGUUUCUCUUCCAUCACAUACCAAUAAUGAAGACUUAACCAACUGCCACAUGAAAUCAGCGAUUGUGAUUCAACGACAACAGGAUACUAACCACAAGGGGAGAGACAGCGGUAUUUUUGACGAAGAAUAG